CCCCAUCCCAGAGCCAACCCAGUCUCCGAAGCCAGCCUCCAGAGUCGCAGGCAGGUGCAGGGGCAGCCUCCGUCCGCGCCCCGCGAGAGGAGCCGUUAGCGUGCCCUGUCGGUCUCCGCGACAGCGGCCCGUCGAUCUUUGCAGGGCAGUUGGUGCUCCGGUCCCGCGGCCUCGCGCGACCCCUCGGCUCCCAGCCCUCGGAGCUGCCCGGCCGAGCCGGCUCAAGUCCAGCAGCCAUGUCCAUGGGCCUGGAGAUCACCGGCACCUCGCUGGCCGUGCUGGGCUGGCUGUGCACCAUCGUGUGCUGCGCGCUCCCCAUGUGGCGCGUCUCGGCGUUCAUCGGCAGCAGCAUCAUCACGGCGCAGAUCACCUGGGAGGGCCUGUGGAUGAACUGCGUGGUGCAGAGCACCGGCCAGAUGCAGUGCAAGGUGUACGACUCGCUGCUGGCCCUGCCGCAGGACCUGCAGGCCGCGCGGGCCCUCAUCGUGGUGGCCAUCCUGCUGGCCGCCUUCGGGCUCCUCGUGGCGCUCGUGGGCGCCCAGUGCACCAACUGCGUACAGGACGAGACGGCCAAGGCCAAGAUCACCAUCGUGGCGGGAGUGCUUUUCCUGCUGGCGGCUCUGCUCACCUUGGUGCCGGUGUCCUGGUCGGCCAACACCAUCAUCAGGGAUUUCUAUAACCCGCUGGUGCCCGAAGCGCAGAAGCGGGAGAUGGGAGCCGGGCUGUAUGUGGGCUGGGCUGCCGCCGCGCUGCAGCUGCUAGGGGGCGCCUUGCUGUGCUGCUCCUGCCCGCCGCGCGAAAAGUACGCGCCCACCAAGAUCCUCUACUCCGCGCCGCGAUCCGCCGGGCCCGGCACCGGCACCGGGACCGCCUACGACCGCAAGGACUACGUCUGAGGGGCCGGUUGCGUGCAGACCGCACCUUCGCCGCCGCCAGCAGCCGAAGCGCCCCACCGGUCCAGCGUGCACCCUCGCGUCGGAGACCACCCCGCCUCCCAGAUGGUCACAGACGCCGCGCAGUCUGCUUGCUAGGCUGGGAGAGGUCAGACAGCCCGGCGGCCCCCUCUCUCCGGCUGCCGCCUGACUACCGGGCCUAGAAACCGUCCAAGCCGUCUGGACAGAGAAACCUCGCCCUUCCCAAGCACAGGGCCGGGGUGGCCAGCGCAGCUACUUGCCAGCCCCGCAGCUGGAAGGCUCACAGUGGGCAGAGACAGGCAACCAUAAAACGGGCCGAUUCGUAUUUUUCAAUAAAAGCCUUUCGUUUUUGCA